AUUUAUGAACAAAAUUAUGCGGGCAAAAUCGCGCGAACCAGUCGGUGCGGUGGGUGGUGUAGAAAAAAUAAUUGUAAAAUAAACAGUGAAAAUGUCAUCGGAUCACAAGAAAGAUGAAGGUGUGCCAAUAGAAGAAGCUAUUGAUAAAGCUGGAUUUGGCCUCUACAGCUACCUUCUAAUCUGCCUCACCGGACUCGGGAUCAUAUCGUUCGUCUGCAUCACCUUUGGAAGCACCAUCAUUAUUCCCGCAAGUGCCUGUGAGCUAGAAACCACCACUGCUCAGCAAGGGAUGCUAGCUGCCGCACCGGUUGUGGGCUCAGUCAUCGGCACGCUAGUAUGGGGUUACUUGGCAGACACGCGCGGUCGCAAGAACAUGCUCAUGUAUUCUUUAUUGGGCGGCGCUACAAUCAACUCCAUCGCCAGCAUCUCUGUCAACUGGAUCAUGCUGAUGUUGUUACAGUUCGUGGCGGCCAUUUUUUCUUCGGGCCUGUACUCGAUGUUCAUGUCUCUGGCCUCUGAGAGUGUUCCUAUGGCGAAACGUAACUUGGUGGUGUUAUUGAUAUCCAGCAUCUUCCUGCUUGCACAGGGCGUAAUGGCAGUUUUAGCUAUACCUGUCGUCCCUCUGAGAUUCUCUCACCACCUCCCAGCAUUGGGCAUCUACUGGAACUCUUGGCGGACGCUCGUCAUCGUCUACUCUCUGCCGAGCAUUGUUUCAGCAAUCUGGCUAAUUUUCAUGCAGGAGAGCCCAAAUUUAUCUACACCAUGGGUGACAGGGAAAAGGCUUUGCAACACCUAACUGCAAUUUAUAAAGUAAAUAAGA